AGUUGCUGGGAUCAAUAAUGAUUUGGAUGGAAUUUCUACUCAAGCAGAAAAACCAACUGUUGAGGAUGAAAAGAGUUUUGAAGUAAACAAAAUUGAAGAGAUCGAGAAACUUCUUGAAGAGCACACUGAGUCUUCUUUCAAUAUUGGUUUCGUUCCCAACAUGAUGCAAGCAACGAUCGAGAAACUACUGAAAAUGAAGAAAAAAGACCCACUCAACACUGUUAGAUCCAAAGGAGAGUUUGGGGUAAAAAGUAACACUGAUAAACUAGUGGUCCCUGAGGAACACCAGAACCCACUCCUCCGUCAACUCCAGAGCAAAGUCAAUGAGAAAAUAAAGAAUUUGAAUCCUCCAAACAAGAAACAAAAUUACUUUCUCACAAAAAACCUGAAAUCAUCCAAAAAUGACAUAAUAACUGGUUUAAACACGCCGUCAAAUAAACUAAAAACCAAAAAUAUUUCAAAUUUGGAUUUACCUGAAGAAGUAAGUGAUGAUUAUCUUGAAGUGAAUACCGAAGAUACUCUUGAUGAGGAUGCAGAGAUUUUAGAAAAUGACGAAGAGGAUGCUUACGGAGGUCACUUUGCAGUGGAGAACAUGUCACAGAAAAAGUCUGAAAAAUUUGUAGUUGUUCCCUUUAACCCUCUAGAUCCUUUAGAUAAAAGUGUUCCAGAGUUCCCUCCAGGAGACAGUUUCCAUGGUUCUCCACCCAGGGAACAUCAGGAUCUGUUCCGAAGACCACUAGGAACGGAUAAUGAUGGAACGUUUAAACAUUUACUGAACGUUCCAGAAGGAACUUUAAAACCUGAAUCUUUAGAAAUAGAUUUACCCGACCAGCAUCAAAAUCCAUUAUUGUCCCUGUUGAACCCAAACAAAAAGGAUUCACAAGAUAAGGAUAAUCUGUCUCUUCCAGAUUAUAAACAGAACCCUCUUCUUAGACAGAUAUCAAGUUCUCCCCAGAACUACGAGGCUGAUUUCUUAACUCUACCUGCCAAGGAUCAAAUGGAGGUUGUUCAACUCUUUGUAGAGGCUGGUGACGAAGACACUGUGGAUAUAUUCAUGGAUCUCAUGCAUUCAAGCAUGUCUGAGGACCUAGUUCUGGCUCCUGAAAACUCCAAGGACCCUUUGUUAAACCUCUCCGUUGAACCUAAACCUGACAGGUUUUCAGGUUCAGCUCCAUCACUCAAACAGAAUCCACUCUUCAGAUUACUUAACCCUCAUCCUUAUAAUAUUAGGUCUGGAGAAUUAUCUGUUCCUGAUUAUAAACAGGAUCCUCUCCUUAGAUCCUUGAUGAAAAGCCCUGAGAGAUUUCAGGAAAAUUUCCUUCAACUCCCUAGACCGGAUCAAACAAAUCUACUCAAAAUAAUCAAGGCCAACUUUGAUGAUUUUGAUGUUGAUGGUCUAAUUCCUCCAUCUAUAAAACAGGAUCCUCUACUUGGUAAACUAGUGUCAGGAAUAAGUUCAACCUAUUCUGGUCUCAUAGUCCCUUCUAACAAACAAAAUCCGCUACUCAGAAUACUUAAACCAGGAGAUGGAGGUGAAGUAUUGAACCUGUCUGCACCAGACUAUAGUCAGGAUCCUCUUCUUCGUCAGCUAGCUGCGCAUCCUCAGCAGUUCAAGGAUGAUUUCCUUGAACUCCCACGUGAGCACCAGCUGCCUCUGUUGAGAAUAUUAAAAGCUAAUUAUGGAGAUGAUCUAAUCCAGGAUUUACUAACACCACCUCCCUCCUCACAUUCUAAGGCCCAUGAAACUGAGGAUGUUGAGCUGAUUCAAGGAUUUUCUGAUUCAAACCAAAACCUGGAACAAAGUGAGAAUCUUGAUAUUCCUACAACUCCUGCAACCCAACAGAAUAAUCCGCCUUUAUCCAGUCUAGAUUCUUCCCCUGACGAUACGAACUCCAGGUCUGCACCAAACAUAAAUCAAAACCCAUUGCUCCGACCCCUAAACCCAACUAGGGAUGAAUCAGACUCUCUCUCUGUUCCAAACUACAAGCAGAACCCAUUGCUCCGACCCCUAAACCCAACUAUGGAUGAAUCAGACUCUCUCUCCGCUCCAAACUACAAGCAGAACCCAUUGCUCCGACCCCUAAACCCAACUAUGGAUGAAUCAGACUCUCUCUCCGCUCCAAACUACAAGCAGAACCCUUUGCUCCGACCCCUAAACCCAACCAAGGAUGAAUCAGACUCCUUGUCUGUUCCUAAAUACAAACAAAACCCAUUUCUCAGACCCCUCAAAACCUCCAAAGAUGAAUCAGACUCCUUGUCAACCCCUAAGUACAAACAAGAUCCUUUUCUCCGAAGCUUAACUCCCAAAGAAGAUAAACCUAAAGGUUUAGAAGCUCCCAAAUACAAACAGAACCCUCUCCUUCGAAGACUGAAACCUACCAAAGAUGUAUUUAGACAAAGUCCUCCGGUAAACUUUAGGGGUGUUAAAGUGGGUCAAGAUGAGGUGAAAUUAAGUUUACCAAAUCCUAGUCAAAAUCCUCUUCUUAGUAAACUUAGGAAAAAUCAGGAAAUAAAGAGCAAAGACGACCUAAACCUACCAAACAGAAAACAGAAUCCACUGCUACGCCAGCUGAAGUUUACAAAUGAUUCGGAGUUUAAUGCUAAUAUUAAUCCACCGGAGGAGGUUAUCAAUGAUGAACAAACUGUAUUCAAUGGGCACGGAAAAUCUGCUAAACUUAUUUUGGAAACUGAAGAUAACUUGAGUUCACUUUCCUUUAGUGAGCUCUUCAAUAUUCCCACACAAACUACUCAGGAGAAGCUAGCGAUGAUGAUGAAAAAACUAAAAUCAUUAAAUAUCCCUGAACAAGAAAUCAAAAGUUUUGACCAGCUCAUUCAAUCAAUGAUAGAAAAGGAUGAUGAUGUGGUGAAGGACGAGCUUGAGGCUAACCUAGUCCUUGUGGACACCAUGGUUGACAAGUUUAUCAAGGAGAAUAAAUCCCGGGCACAGAAAAGUUUUAUGGAGCGUAAAAAGAAAACCAAUCCAGUGGUCACAGAAAAUGCAAAGAUUUUAGAAAACAUCUCUAAAAACAACCUGAAGCCAACCCCUCUGACUGAACCAGCCUCCCCCAGCCUAGGUUCAACUGAAGGUUCAGUUUCCUCAACUGAUGGUUCAGAGGCGUCAACAUCAGAGGAAUCUGAUCUUGCUUUUGGAUUCCGUCCAUUGCCUGGUACAGAGGCAGUUAAUGAGGAGCUAAAUCUUGAUCUUCCGAAUGAUGGACCUAAAAAUAUCAAUGAGGAUUUUGAUUUUGAUCUUCCUAAAAGUAGACCUGAAGAUACCACUGAGGAUUUUGAUUUUGAUCUUCCUAAAAGUAGACCUGAAGAUACCACUGAGGAUUUUGAUUUUGAUCUUCCUAAAAGUAGACCUGAAGAUACCAAUGAGGACUUUGAUUUUGAUCUUCCUAAAAGUAGACCUGAAGAUACCAAUGAGGACAUUGAUUUUGAUCUUCCUAAGAGUAUUUCUGAAGAUACCAAUGAGGACUUUGAUUUUGAUUUUCCUAAGAGUAGACCUGAGAACACCAGGGAGAAUAUAAAUCUGAAUCUACCUAGAUCAAAACCGUCUGAUUUUACAGAAAACGUAGAUUUUGAACCUCCACAAUAUAAACAGGAUCCACUGUUAAGGAGUUUGAAAGGGAAAGACAAAGGAACUGAUGGAAACCUUCAAGUUCCAAAAAAUAAUCCAAGAAAGGAAAAAAAUCAGAACUUAGAUGGCAUCAUAAACCAACUCUUUUCCACAGAAGACAUGACUGAAAUCAAAAGUAUGCUUAGUAAGAUGAUGGAGACUAGUGUUGAGACAACAGCAGAAACUCUGGCCAACUUGUUUCAGUACAAAGAAUCUGGAGAAAGAGAAGAUACUGAAGAAGAGAUUGCUGAAAUGAUCACUACAGACCCUGCAGCUGUUUCUGAGGCUUUCGCCAAAUUGAUCAGUGAGAAGAGCAGAUCUAUAAAAGAAUCAACCUCUGAUGAACCUGAAUUGACAGCCAGACCUACCACUGAACCUGUAACAGAAACUCCACAGAAGAAACCAGAUAAAAGUUUUCUUGAAGCGCCAUUUCUAGAACUAAACAAGUUUGAAUCUGUAAAGGAAGAAACUGAAAAAGGUAUAUUCACACCAGAAGUUCCAUUGAGAUAUGAAGAUCCUCCCAAAGCUGCACAAGGAAAGCUUCUAAGAUUUUGGAAAAAUGAUGAAAACCAUGAAGGCAAUGGACACAAUAAAAACCAUCAUGACGACUCCUCUGCUACAGAAGUUACCACAGAACUUGCAGAUGAUGAACUUGAAGAACUGAAAUUUGAAGAGGAGUUUGAUCUUCCAGACAGUAUGAUGAGAAAUAUGCUAGAGCUCCUGGAAUCCGGAGAUAUUACAAAGGAAGAUGUUAUCGAAAGAUUAAUCAAUGGUGGUUUCCUCCCAGUUCAAGUUACAGAGUUAGGAAAGAUUCCAAUAUCUAUUGGAGUAACAACAGGUAGAACUCCUUCUGAAUCAACUCGAUCUAAAGCCAUGAUGAAAAGUGAACUGAGAAAGCAGAAGAAAGAAAGAGAAGAGUUAAGCGAGGAAAGGAUACGAGAACUAUCACAGGAAAAGAAAACUUUGCCUUUUGACGAACUCAGAAAUAGGUUUCGGAACCCAAAUAAGAAACCAGUCUUCACCGAGAUAGAUUCAUCAGAUCCAGAUUUUGAUUUCGAAAGGUUUCCUGUUAAACCCCAAGGAUUCAGUGAUUAUGAGGAUUUUGGAUUCAGUAAAACAGCAUCUUUAGCACCACUCAGAAGUCCGCUUACCAGAGGGUAUACAUCUAACACUGUCAAAGAACAAACAAUGCUAUUUAAUGAGGGGAAAAUGACGAAUAAGGAUUCCCAACACAUGACUGAUAACAUGAAAUCUAUCUCCCAAACUGUAGAAAAUCAAACCAUGGAAAUUACAACAGACUUCACUCUGUUCUACAAUGACCGGAUGCCCGUGAAGUCCCCCUCCUAUAUGUCGAUGUCCAUCGGUAAUCAUGCCUCCUCAUCUUCUAACCCGUCUCUAGAUACAUCCCCUCAUUUAACCCCUGGCACAUUCCCAGGAGCUGAACAAGAUGAUGAUAGUUUUGUUUUCCCUGAAACCUCCCUGGAAUCCAUCCCUGCAUUUGAUCCGAGAUUAGGAGAGAAAACUGAGAGUUUGAAGAUGAGUUCUCAAGGUUCAACUAGUCCUGGAUAUAAGGACGUAUUCAACUUUUCCUUACCAGAAGAACCUAGAUUCCCUGGCUCUAUUGAAAGUAUUGUGAAUGAAGACCCGUUCCAGUACAACUUCCAAACAUUAAACACCAGCUCUUCUGAGUUUAAUCCCGAGGAAGGGUUCGGACUGAAGUAUCUUCCUCCCAGGUUGGAUCCUACCCCUACUCCAGGAUACCAUCCGUCCCACCAGUAUAUACGAUAUGGUAAUCAACCAGAAAACACCCAAUCCAAGGUUCCUCUUGAGUUUGCUGAGGUUGUAUCUGCAAGAACUGCUGAAAGAACUCCUACACAAGAACCAGAGUUUAAUAACCCCGGUCAGGAAAGAUAUAAAUUUGCCAAGAUAGCAUACACUAAGUAUGGUUCUAAUCAUGAACCUGUUGACACUAGACAGAAUGCUCCUACAGCUAAACCUGUAAUAUCCAGCUAUCCGUCUACACCACAUCCUUCACAAUCUCGCUCUGUUUACGGGGAUAAAUUACAGCCAGUUAUUGAGUUUGAUUCUGCUCCUCCACAUCCUGACCAUCCUCCUCAACCUUCCCCUCAUCAUGAGGGUCCUCAGGUUCAUCAGUUGGAUCCGUAUCCUCCCCCACCCCCUCUUCAUCAUAAGGACCCUCAACAAUUUGAAUCGUAUCCUCCAUAUUCUUCUCAGAAGUACAACUACAUCAAAUCAUUGCCAACUAUAUCUUCUCCGCCAUUAAACCGGUAUGGAUCAGAUUGGAGAUAUGAUCAUGAUCCUAACUCUGGAUAUCAAACCAAACAAUCAUAUUCUCCACAGUAUUAUCAUCAGGAACAAGAUUAUCAAUACUAUCCUCAGUCCUCCUAUCCUAAUCCACAAUCCCAUUAUCCUCCAUCACAGUACUCCCAACCCUCAUAUGCUGGAUAUCCGUCCUACGGAGAGGAAUAUGUUGAAGCAUAUUUAGUUCCUCAUGUUCCCUAUUCAUCAGACAACAGUUUCAGACAGUAUAGGAUGAUACCCGACCUGCCUGAUCCAACAACUAAGAAACCCUUUGCUUAUGAACCUCCCCCACUUCCUUCAAUUACAGGUCAUCAUUCUGUAGAUCAAACAAUAGAAGAUAUUCACACAGCAUUUAUAAACGGGGAUCCAUACAGUAGUAGAGAAGCAUAGAGCAGGAUUCUGUAAAGUUUGAUUAACAGAGGUUGCAAUCUUAGACGCAACCAGGGAAGGGGGGACUCCCCCCCCUGGUUGCUAUAAAAAUAAGACAAUCAAUCUAUCCAAUUUUUAUCCAUUUUAUAACAUUUUUAUGUUCCAUAGUUUACUGUUUAAUGGACCCCAAUUCAAAGCGAACAUACGCAAGUACAAUCGGGAUAACAUUGUGUAAGUGGAUGUUUCAUUGUAUGCAUUAAAUGAUAAAUCUUUUAUUACGUGUAAGUUGUAACCCUACCUUUAUAAUGCAUAAUCAGAUAAUCUAUCUCACUAAUCAAUUUUUUUAUUGGAUACCUUUUACUUAUAUUAGAAUCUUCAAAUACGCCAAAACUUAAAUCAAAAUCCUAGAAGCCAACGAACUUUAUACCAAAAAUAAUAAAUCUCUUUUUUAGUCCAUCACUAUAGUUAUCAGGCAUAUUGUUUACUACAAAAAAUCUUCUUUUAAUGGCAUUAGUUGAAACAUUUCUUUAGUAUUAAGCAUCCGUGCCAUUUUAAUGUGCAAUGUAUUGUUUUCUUUAUUUUGUAACCUG